AACAAGUUUCCAGGCAACACUGUUGUGUGCCAUUUGCCUCAACAGGGUAAUGCGCGUGGGCUAUUCAAAAGGCUGCUGGACUUCUACAGGGCCUUUCCUAUUUUACUUUUCAAGAAUAAAAUAAGCAUGCUGCCGUCGUCGAGUCUUCAUAUGACGAUUUUUGACUGCAUGCACGAAUACAAGCGCCAAUCUGAUACUUGGCCAAAGGAGCUACCCCGGAAUUUACCUAUGGAACAGUGCAAUGCAUGGAUGGUGAAGAGGCUCACCGAGACACCGUUUGAGAUUGACUUGCCUAUACGGCUUCAGGUCGACAAGAGCUACGUUGAGCAGACGUCUCAUGGGGGGAUGGACACAUGGAAAGUUUGUUUGUUGCCUCUGGAUGAGAAAGAGGAACUGAAGAUCAAGAAGUUGCGCGUGGACAUUGCGAACGCAUUGAAUGUCCCGCUGUCCAGUAUCGAGUCGUAUAAAUUUCACUUGACUAUCGCGUAUUUGAACGAGGAAUUUACAGAGGAGGAGUCGAUGCAGCUGAAGAGAAUAAAUGACGAAUUCCAUCAAGAGGGCCACGUUGUGGAACUAGGCCAUCCCGAGAUUUGCCGAUUCGAUGAUAUGUUCUACAUGGAAAGAUUGGCAUUUCUAGGACAGAAGCAGUAAUAUAAACUCCGGUGUUUCCCAUUCUGGAGUAAUUGUACGAUUGGGUUAGAGUGCGGCGCCCCACGUUCCUUAAUUUUGGCCCUGCGUCAUGCACGCAUAACAGAUGUCGGAGUUUCCAGCAACAUACCAUUCGUCUUGUAGAGGGUGCUGUAAUGUGUCUCGAAUCGGUGCUCGUGUCGAAAAGCGGAAGGAGUCAGAUCCAAUCCCGGAAA